UGGCUGUUGUCCGAGCCGAAGCAGGUUUGAAACUGGGGGUCGGGCCCGGCAGUCGUUGUCUGUCGCCGCGGUCCCGCUUCCGGGCUAGGCUGUCCCUGCCCGCCCCCGCCCCGCCUCCCUUUGGACCCCUCAGUCUCAGGCCCGGCUCCCCGCCUGACUCGCGCCCGGCCCGCAGCAGCUUGCUGUCGUCCGGGCCCGCACUGCGGCCUUGCCGCCGCCACCAUGUCCCUGCACGGCAAACGGAAGGAGAUCUACAAGUAUGAAGCGCCUUGGACCGUCUACGCCAUGAACUGGAGCGUGCGGCCCGACAAGCGCUUUCGCUUGGCGCUGGGCAGCUUCGUGGAGGAGUACAACAACAAGGUUCAGCUUGUUGGUUUAGAUGAAGAGAGUUCGGAGUUUAUUUGCCGAAACACUUUUGACCAUCCAUACCCCACUACAAAGCUCAUGUGGAUCCCCGACACAAAAGGCGUCUAUCCAGACCUACUGGCGACAAGUGGUGACUAUCUCCGUGUGUGGAGGGUUGGUGAAACAGAAACCCGGCUGGAAUGUUUGCUAAACAAUAACAAGAACUCAGAUUUCUGUGCUCCUCUAACUUCCUUUGACUGGAAUGAGGUGGAUCCUUAUCUGUUAGGUACCUCCAGCAUUGAUACGACUUGUACCAUCUGGGGGCUGGAGACAGGGCAGGUGUUGGGGCGAGUGAAUCUUGUGUCUGGUCAUGUGAAGACCCAGCUGAUCGCGCAUGACAAGGAGGUCUAUGAUAUUGCAUUUAGUCGGGCUGGGGGUGGCAGGGACAUGUUUGCCUCUGUGGGCGCUGAUGGCUCGGUGCGGAUGUUUGACCUCCGUCAUCUAGAACACAGCACCAUCAUUUAUGAAGACCCACAGCAUCACCCACUGCUUCGCCUCUGCUGGAACAAGCAGGACCCUAACUACCUGGCCACCAUGGCCAUGGAUGGAAUGGAGGUAGUGAUUCUGGAUGUCCGAGUUCCCUGCACACCUGUCGCCAGGUUGAACAACCACCGAGCGUGUGUCAAUGGCAUUGCUUGGGCCCCACACUCAUCCUGCCACAUCUGUACUGCAGCGGAUGAUCACCAGGCUCUCAUCUGGGACAUCCAGCAAAUGCCCCGGGCCAUCGAGGACCCUAUCCUGGCCUACACAGCUGAAGGAGAGAUCAACAACGUGCAGUGGGCGUCGACCCAGCCCGACUGGAUUGCCAUCUGCUACAACAACUGCCUGGAAAUACUCCGAGUGUAGCGUUGGCGGCGCCUUGCCCACGAGGCGGGGGCUUGUGUGUUUCCUGCCUCUGCCCCAUCCCGAAACCUCCUGUAUAAGAAGUACCAUAUUUUCUGCCCAUCAUACUUUGUAAUAAAACUUGAACAUGUAUA